UACACACUCGGCUGAGGCUGCUCUCGAGCUGCGGUUCACCACUUCAUGAUUUUCUGCCGAUUCUGGGGAAAGAUGGCCACCAAUGAUGCUGUUCUGAAGCGGCUGGAGCAGAAAGGCGCAGAGGCGGAUCAGAUCAUUGAGUAUCUCAAGCAGCAGGUUGCUCUUCUCAAGGAGAAAGCAAUUUUGCAGGCAACUUUGAGAGAAGAAAAGAAACUUCAAGUUGAAAAUGCUAAACUGAAAAAAGAAAUAGAAGAACUAAAGCAAGAGUUGAUUCAGGCAGAAAUUCAUAAUGGAGUGAAGCAGGUGCCUGUCCCAUCGAGUUCUUCACUGGAGACUCAUUGUUCCGUUUCUGAAAGUGUGACUCGGUCUGCAUCAGUAACAACCACCACCAUGACCGGAGGGGGAGGGGAAGAAAAGAAGGUAAAAGAGAAGACGGAAAAGAAAGGAGAGAAAAAGGAGAAGAAGCAGCAGUCAGCGGCAGCAAGUGCUGAUUCGAAGCCUGUCGACGUAUCACGCCUGGAUCUUCGAAUUGGAUGUAUUGUCACUGCCAAAAAACACCCGGAUGCAGAUUCGUUGUAUGUGGAGGAAGUCGAUGUGGGAGAAGCAGCUCCACGGACGGUCGUCAGCGGGCUGGUGAAUCAUGUCCCUCUAGAACAGAUGCAAAACCGGAUGGUGGUUUUGCUUUGUAAUCUGAAGCCUGCAAAAAUGCGGGGAGUGCUGUCCCAAGCAAUGGUGAUGUGCGCCAGUUCACCAGAGAAAGUGGAGAUUUUGGCCCCUCCCAACGGGUCUGUUCCUGGAGACAGAAUUACUUUUGAUGCUUUCCCUGGAGAGCCUGACAAGGAGCUGAACCCUAAGAAGAAGAUCUGGGAGCAGAUCCAGCCUGACCUGCACACCAAUGAUGAGUGUGUAGCCACAUACAAAGGAGCUCCCUUUGAGGUGAAGGGGAAGGGAGUUUGCAGGGCCCAAACCAUGGCCAACAGCGGAAUUAAAUAAGUGCUCUGUAACUGAAAGACACCACUGAAACCUUAAUAACAAUAAAGAGGAGUGAGUUUA